CUGUAUGUCUCUGGCCGGCAGACGGACGAGAACGAGGAGCUGCGGAGGGCCCAUGAGAAACGCCACGAGCGCCUGCGUCUCGUCCAGACCAACUACCGGACGGUCAAAGACCAGCUCCGAGAGGUGGAGGACGCACAGGGCCGGCCCAGGGCCCAGCAGCGGGCAGAGCCGUGGCAGCUCCGCCAGGAGAACAGCGAUGCGGUGUGGAACGAGCUGGCCUACUUCAAACACCUCAACAAGAAGCUCACUACACACAAGACUAACCUAGAGGAGGAGCUGGAUGUGUUGCGUGUCCAGGCUGCUAUGGACCGGGCCACUGUACAGGAGCUGAGGCUGUGUCUUCAGAACGAACAACAAGAGCUUCUUCACAAAGUGGCCACUGAUCCGGAGGUCAAGAACAGCACUCCCAAAAAGCCCUCUGCCGAGAGAGUGGAGCAGUCGCUGAAGAAGAUAGAACAGUUGGAGAGGAGGACGGUGUCCAUGGAGCAGGAGACUGAGAGGCUGAGGGAGGACAACCAGCACCUCCAGGAGGCCAACACAGCUCUAACCCAGGAUAAGGAGCACCUCCAGGGCUCCCUGGCCCGCCUACGCAGCCAGGGGGCUGCUCGCGAUGAGGCGGCCCAUGCCCAGGCACUCGCCCAGGGGGAGAGACACCGCACAGAGGCCCUGGCCCUGGAGACCCAGCUGGAGGGGGCCAGGAGGGAAGCCGGACGCACCCGGCAGCAGCUGCUCCGGCUCAGGCAGGAGCUGGGCAUCCUGAGGGCGGCCCGGGACUUCAACAGGAGGCAGAGAGGACCCAAGGCUAACAUGCUAACAGGGCUGGCCGCAGCAGCCACAGCAGGGGGAGGAAUAAGUGGAGGGGCAUUAGCAAACAACAAGGUCAAAUUCAAAACAGGCAUGCGGCCCAGAGGCCCGGCGCGGCUGCACCGCCACCGAGCGGUUGGCCCCAAUCAAGCCAUCGGAGGAGGAGGCCGCAGCCCUGCUAGGGACGACUGGGAGGACAUAAGCGAGGACAGUGGAGAGGAGUACUCUGACAGCCUGGACAGUCACCCAAUCAAGUCACACAGGUACGCAGCCGCCUCAGAACAGCCAGCGGAAGCAUUCUCCAGAACGCAGCCCGAUGUUCCGAACCAAGGAUAUAAACAGAGGGAGCCGGGGGAGGAAGGAGGGAAGAGACGGAGUGAGAGAAAGAGGAGGAAGGCCCAAAGGUGCGGCUGCUGUGCCCCCGCCUCACUGCGCGGGCGCGUUCUGGCGCUCCAGCGCCAUCUCGCCGUUCUACAGACCGCCCGGUGUGAUGCCCAGCGCUCCUCCCAGGAGCUGCGAGACGCCAACGAGAAGAUCACGUCGCAGCUCGCCCAGAGACUGAACGUCAGCAAGCAGUUAUCACAGAAGCUGACCUCUGACCUGGCGGGUGUAGAGCAGCAGAAGAAGGUGCUGGAGAUGGAGCUGGAGCAGUGGAGGCAGAUCCACAGGACCAACACCCCCCAGCAGCUCCCCUCUACCGCCUCCCAGCCCCUGGAGACCCCCAGCCCUCCUGUCCUUAAAGCCCUGGAGGCAGAGGUCAAACAUCUCCACACUAAACUGAAGAGCUCCAAGGCAGAGGUGAUGAGCCACACGUCGGCUAACAAAGCCCUGCGAGCCCAGCUGCUGGAGAGAGAGGAGAAGCUCAGAGAACUGCAGGAGAAGGUGAUCCACACAGAGAGAGACGUGCACAUGAAGAGGCAGCUGGUGGAGAAUGUGAAGACCAGGAUGAAGUUCCUCCUGGAGACUGAGAAGACGCACAGAGGGCUGGUGGAGGAGCUGGAGAAGAAAGUGAAGACCUUGACAGAGGAGGCCACUAACAGGAAGGCCUUUAUAGACUCUCUGAAGAGGAGGCUGAGUGUAGCCACUAAAGAGAAGAGUCAGUAUGAGACGACCUGUCAGGAUCUCAAGGAGGGCCUGGACAAGAAGGAGCAGUGUGUGGAGGCCCUGCAGGCCCGUGUGAGGGCCAGUGAGCGGGCCCAGGCUGAGCUGGAGCAGACAGCAUCCCGUCAGAUGGAGGGUCUGGCCCAGCAGAGCACCGUGGCCCUGGAGGCCCUGCACAGACGACUGGGCCUGGCCCACACACAGCUGGAGCAGCUACAAGCCUUCACUAAGGCUCUGGCAAGCGAAACUCUCCGCGAGGUGCAGGACGCCAAAUCGCAGCUGAGGAAGAACAGGAAGAUGGCGGAGAAGAAGAAGGCAGUAGGUGCCGGAGGGCUGUCCAAGCAGUCCAUGGUCAAGGCCCAGUCCAUUGCUGCGUCCAUCCUCAACAUGACCGAGAUGGACCUGGCUGAAAUGCUGGACACCGAUGAGGAGGAGGAUGAUGUGGCAGCAGACAGCAGGAGAGACCAGGAGUGGCUGGACCAAGUCAUGAAGAUCCUCCAACAACAGAUCCCCUCUGCUGCUCUCCUAAUGGAGGUGCUGUGUGUGAAGAUGAAGGAGAGGAAAGUGCUGACAGAAGCGCUGGCCGCGCUCACAACACCAGUCAGCGAAAUCGCCUGACUCCCACUCCGGGGCUGAGGGCUGCGGCUGGGAAAAACUGUCAUCCUCUCACUCUCCUCCUCCUCUUCUCUCUCCAUCCCUCCUUCGUGCCCAGGCCUUUCUUUCUCAGCGGGGGCUGAGUUGGCCAAGUCGACCUGAAGUUGCUCUGUGUGUGUGUGUGUGUAUGUGCGUGAUCGCGCACGUGUAUGAAGUUGCCUCCACGCCGCGCUUCCAGAACCAAUAUUUACGAGAAAAGCGCUGUCGACUCACUCCGAGCCACUCGCUCACGCAGCGGUCUAGUGCCGUGCCGGGGCCCAAGCCUUUGUAAAUGAGCCCCCAACAUCUGCGUUAGUGGUUAGCCCGCUCCAUCUGCGAGACAGGGCCCUUUAGCGUCAGGCUAAUUUACAGUACAGAGACAAACGCUCACUCUCUUUCUCUCCCUACUCCAAACGCCAUCCUGAGGUGAUGAUAACAUUAUGCUUACGUUUUUACUUCAAGUUAGACAUGAUUUGUUAUUUUGAUAUUUUCAGUAAUUUAUUGUGGAUCUCAAGGACCCCCCAGGGUGUUCGGAGUGGGACCUGACCCAACAGUGCAGACUCAACGAAAGAAAAAGUAUCCUCUUAAAGUAAGAAGCAGACAUACUCUCUCUCCUCUUAGGAUAUACUGGACUCAAACACAUGCAUUCCAUGUCCCAUUUGGACCGGUUGGAUUCCAUUGUUCCAUUCACGUUUCAGUGACCAAAUGCUCUUAACGUGAAUGAUAGCAUAAAAUAUACAUUUUGUGUGUUUUGUUUGUUAUGUCUAGGUAUAUUCUGAAAUGUAUUUUAUUUCAGGAUACUACUAGACAUUUGUGUGUUCACUUCAUACGGUAUUUUGCAAUAGGUAAUUAUGUUAUAUUGUUAAUUGAUUGAAACUGAAUUGAAAUAAAAGUGUGUUGCCAAUUGUUUUAUUUUUACA